ACAAAGAAACACUUGCAACCUGUACAAUCCCAUAAAUGUUUCUCAUCUCUUAUUUUUCUGCAGGAUUUGAAUUAUAUAACAUACAUAUAUAUUCAAAUUAAAAAAAAAAAGAAAGAAAGAAAGAAAGAAUCUUGGUUGCAUUGAGAGCAGGUACAGAAAUUAUAUAUAUAAAUAUAAUAUAUAUAUAUAGGGUAAUGGGGAGAGGGAAGGUGGAGCUGAAGAGAAUUGAGAACAAGGUAAAUAGACAGGUGACUUUUGCAAAGAGGAGAAAUGGGCUGCUCAAGAAAGCCUACGAACUCUCUGUUCUCUGUGAUGCUGAGGUUGCUCUCAUCAUCUUCUCCAACAAAGGCAAGCUCUAUGAGUUCUGCAGCAGUUCUAGUAUGGGCGCGACAUUGGAGAGAUAUCACAGAAGCAGCUAUGGUCCACUUGAAGCACACCAAUCUCCCCAUAAUGAACAGAACAAAUACCAGGAAUAUAUGAAGCUCAAGGCAAGAGUUGAGGUUCUUCAACAAUCUCAGAGGCAUCUUUUAGGGGAAGAGUUGGGACAGUUGGGCAUAAAGGAGCUUGAUCAACUUGAGAAUGUAUUAGAUACAUCAUUGAAAGAAAUACGCUCCAAUAAGAAUCAUCGUAUGCUUAAUCAGCUUUCUGAUCUUCACCAAAAGGAAAGAAAUCUGUUGGAAAUUAACAGGGCUCUGAGGAGCAAGCUUGAAGGAACUAGUGCAGCAUUACAAUCAACCUGGCAACUACAACCGGAGCUCAACGUACAGUACCAGCAGCCCCCGCCCGUUCUUCCAGACGUGUUGUUCGAGCCUCUUCAGUCCAACAACAUCCGGUACGAAAAUAAUAUAAUGGGAAGAGGAAAGGUACAGCUGAAGAGGAUAGAGAACAAGAUCAACAGACAGGUGACUUUCUCCAAGAGGAGAGCUGGUUUGCUGAAGAAAGCUCAUGAGAUCUCUGUGCUGUGUGAUGCAGAAGUAGCUUUGAUUGUUUUUUCCCAUAAGGGGAAGCUCUUUGAGUAUUCUACUGAUUCUUGCAUGGACAGGAUCCUGGAGAAGUAUGAAAGAUAUUCAUUUGCGGAAAGACAAUUGGUUGCAAAUGAUCAGCCCGACUCUCCUGCCAAUUGGACUCUGGAAUACAGCAAACUCAAGGCAAGAAUUGAGCUCUUGCAAAGAAAUCACAGGCAUUAUAUGGGGGAAGAUCUGAAGUCCAUAAGCAUGAAGGAUCUUCAGAAUCUGGAGCAGCAGCUUGACACUGCCCUCAAGAACAUUCGAUCUAGAAAAAAUCAGCUGUUGUACGAUUCAAUCUCUGAGUUGCAGAGAAAGGAGAAAGCAAUACAAGAGCAAAACAGCAUGCUGGCAAAGAAGAUCAAAGAGAAGGAGAAGGAAAUGGGACAACAGACACCACUGCCACCACCACCACCGCCACCACCACAAUUCUUAAUGGCACCUCAUCAUCAGCUUCCUUGCUUAAACAUUGGAGGGGGGACUUAUGAAGAAGCAACAGAAGCUAGAAGGAAUGAGCUCGACCUCACUCUUGAUUCGCUCUACUCGUGUCACCUCGGAUGCUUUGCUGCAUGAUUAUGACUGUUUGUGUGGACAAGGGAAAUAAGUUUUCUCAAUGUGUCCACGAGGACAGCAAAUAUAAAUCUGAGAAUAAGAUGCACUAAAUAUUAAGUAUGUUGUUCUUCUAUUUGAGUGUGACAUCUUGAUAACUUCUGAUUACUCUUAACAUGAGUUGUUACUAUGGUUGUAAAUGUGGAGUCAGAAAAUACUCUCCAGCUGUUAAUGCUAUGCUUCUUCAGAAUCUACCGUACUGUAACGGAGAAGAAUCUCAUGGAAUAUGACAAUAAUGUAAUCAUUUAUGUAUGAUUCAUGUUAUGACCUGUUAGCAGAUAUAUAUCCCUUUUAUUUUCAUCCA